ACACCAACAACACCAACAACAACACCAACAACACCAACAACACCAACAACACCAAAAGCAACACCAACAACAACACCAACAACAACACCAAAAGCAACACCAACAACACCAACAACAACACCAACAACACCAAAAGCAACACCAACAACACCAACAACAACACAAAUAAUAAGAACACCAACAACACCAACAACAACAACAACACCAACAACACCAAAAGCAACACCAACAACACCAACAACAACACCAACAACACCAAAAGCAACACCAACAACAACACCAACAACAACACCAAAAGCAACACCAACAACACCAACAACAACACCAACAACACCAAAAGCAACACCAACAACAACACCAACAACACCAACAACAACACCAACACCAACAACAACACCAACAACACCAACAACAACACCAACACCAACAACACCAACAACAACACCAACACCAACAACACCAACAACACCAAAAGCAACACCAACAACAACACCAACAACA